CAAGGGACCCACGCCUGCGAAGUCUGUUAAUAAUGCCCGAACUACUGAGACGUGAGUAGGAAAGGCUUUUGUAAGAAAGGCAUAAUUUCCUAAAUCAGAUUUGGGCCCUUGGUGAAUUGUAUGCUAAUCUCAUGCUUAUUCAAUUCAAGGUCAGAAUAUGGGUAGAGAGAAAAGUGCAAAAAAAAAAGUGAAUUUACGUUUCCAUUGACGUGCACUUAACUUGGGUUGGAAUUCCCCCUUUUAGAAGCUGGUAUAACUGCGUGUAUUGAACAACCAGCAGAUGUAGCCCUUAGCCCAUUCCUUCAAGUCAUUUAUUUGAACGCUAUUGAUGGAUACUAAUUAUCUACGUUUUGUCUGUUUUCGUGCUUGUCGACCGGACCAAUCUGUGUCUGGGUGAAGAACGAGAAGGACCAUCAUUUCCAUCAGAGGAAUGACCGAGUAUCAGAGGAAUUAUCAUUAGGACAUUCAUUGAGCUUUUUUAAAACCGUUUUUUUAUUUUUACAUUUCUAGGAGUUGGAAACUUUACAUGAGAUGAAAGGCGCAGAGAGACUCAUCAUUCUGGGCUGGCUGCUGAUAGGUACCCUGUGUCAAGGAGGGGUGGAAGGAACGGACUGCACUAAUCCUCCUAGGAACACGUCAGUAUCAGUGAGUCCCUCUGGCGAAGUGUUAGAGGGCAGUUCAGUGAUUCUGACCUGCAGCAGUGAUGCCAACCCACCAGUGAUCAGCUUCCGCUGGUACUCAGUGAGAGCGGGUGACACCAGAUCUACAGGCCACGGGCCGCUCCUGAACACCAAAAUCUGGGCGGACAAUACCCACUUCUACUGUGAAGCCAAGAAUGUGUGCGGCGCACGUAAUUCAACGAUCACUAAAGUACCUGUGUUGUAUGGUCCUAAAACCAUGUCUGUGUCAGCCGUCCCACCUGGACCCGUGUUUCAUGGUACGAUGGUGAAUCUGACCUGCAGCAGCAAUGGCAACCCACCAGUAAGCAGCUUCACCUGGUACAGUGUGAAGGGAGACCAGGUGGUACGGCUUGGGGUUGGGAAGAGGCUAGAGACCAGCGUGUCGGCAGAAGUCCACCAGUUUUACUGUGAGGGCAGAAACGACCAUGGAGGACAGAACUCAACGCUGAUAGAUGUGGUGGUACAGUAUCCUCCUAGGAGCACGUCAGUAUCAGUGAAUUCCUCUGGUCCAGUGUUGAAGGGCAGUUCAGUGACUCUGACCUGUAACAGUGAUGCCAACCCACAAGUGUCCAGCUAUAACUGGUACUCAGUGGACAAGAGCGAAACACACAGUGUAAUAGGACCUGAACAGACGUACACAGUAGAUAACGUCAAUGGUAAUACACAGUACUUCUGCCAAGCUAAAAAUCAACACGGAUCGGACAACUCAACAAGGCUCCAGCUCGACAUUCAGUAUCCUCCUAGGAAGACGUCAGUAUCAGUGAGUCCUUCUGAUUCUGUGUUAGAGGGCAGUUCAGUGACUCUGACCUGCAGCAGUGAUGCCAACCCCCCAGUGACCAGCUACAGCUGGUAUUCAGUGAGAGAGGGUAAGGAGGACUAUGUGGCCUCUGGACAACAACUAAUCCAGGCCACAAUGAAUGUUAUUGACGGAAGAGAAUACUACUGUACAGCCCAGAAUCAGCAUGGAGAAGACCAGUCAGCAUCUACAAACGCAUCUAUGGAGUUUGCUCCUCAGAUCUCAUCCUCCUCUCGCUGCCUCCACUCCGGAUCUCAGGUCAGCUGUACCUGUGACAGCCACGCUAACCCCGCCCCCUUGGUGCAGUGGCGUCUGUCUGGACGACAUGUCAAUCAUUCCACAGCCACGGCCAUCAGGGAGGAGCCUCUGGGCAGAAUUGGCCUCAGGAGCACUCUGACCAUCCGUCAAUCACGAGAAGACCCGCCCACUGCAGUCUGCCUCAGCUCCAACUCUCAGGGCUCUGCCAGUCUGCAGCUCUGUGUCACCUCCACAGGUUACCAGAUGCUGUCUCUGUUGGUUAGUGCUGGGGCAGGUGCUGCUGGGAUGCUGUUACUGUGCGUCGUAACAUGUGUCAUUGUCAGGAGAUUGCAUGCCAAGACAACCUGGGAUCUGAAACCGGAGGACAUAACAGAGCUCAUACUAACGGACUGGACUCUCUCUCAGGAAGACGACUCUCUGUUCGCCAGUAAAUCCACACUGACCGGACACCCGGGAGCCAACGGGGCCAAUGGGAAAGAGACCAGAGGGGUUAGUCCAGACCUCCAUGGGCCCCAACUCACAGAUCCUCCUGGAGGUCUACACUACAAACCCCCACCUAUAGGCCCCCCUAACUGUGAUCACUUACCCCUCCAGCACUCCAGCCUGGACACCACCACGACCAGGAUAGAGGAGUAGGGAGCGGUGGGGGGAGGGGGGGGAGAGAAGGGAACGGGAACAGAGAGGGUGAGACAGGGUGACGUCAGGGGUGACAUCGGUGGUGAAAUGCAUCAGUGACAUCAGGGGUGACAUCAGGGGUGACAUCACAGGCGACAUCACAGGUUGACAACACGGGUGACAUCGGGGGUGAGAAAGGGUGACAUCAGGGGUGAGAAAGGGUGACAGUUUCCAUCCAGGAGGACUUCUAUAUAUCAGUUUCCAUCCAGGAGAACUUCUAUAUAUCAGUUUCCAACCAGGAGGACUUUUAUAUGUCAGUUUCCAACCAGAAGAACACCUGUCAUCUAUAUUUCAGCACAACUGAACAGGACAUUUGAUUCAGGAAAUAUUUUCAAUCACGUGAUGUUGUUGUUGUUGAUUUCAUUUAUGUUGACUCUCAGAGUGAAAAACACAUGGGAGGGGCCACAUUCUCAUAUUUCCCAUCAAAUCAAAUUAUAUAGCCCUUCUUACAUCAGCUGAUAUCUCAAAGUGCUGUACAGAAACCCAGCCUAAAACCCCAAACAGCAAGCAGUGCAGGUGUAGAAGCACGGUGGCUAGGAAAAACUCCCAUAGAAAGGCCAAAACCUAGGAAGAAACCUAGAGAGGAACCAGGCUGUGAGGGGUGGCCAGUCCUCUUCUGGCUGUGCCGGGUGGAGAGGAACCAGGCUGUGAGGGGUGGAGAGGAACCAGGCUGUGAGGGGUGGCCAGGCCUCUUCUGGCUGUGCCGGGUGGAGAGGAACCAGGCUGUGAGGGGUGGAGAGGAACCAGGCUGUGAGGGGUGGCCAGUCCUCUUCUGGCUGUGCCGGGUGGAGAGGAACCAGGCUGUGAGGGGUGGAGAGGAACCAGGCUGUGAGGGGUGGCCAGGCCUCUUCUGGCUGUGCCGGGUGGAGAGGAACCAGGCUGUGAGGGGUGGAGAGGAACCAGGCUGUGAGGGGUGGAGAGGAACCAGGCUGUGAGGGGUGGAGAGGAACCAGGCUGUGAGGGGUGGCCAGGCCUCUUCUGGCUGUGCCGGGUGGAGAGGAACCAGGCUGUGAGGGGUGGCCAGGCCUCUUCUGGCUGUGCCGGGUGGAGAGGAACCAGGCUGUGAGGGGUGGAGAGGAACCAGGCUGUGAGGGGUGGAGAGGAACCAGGCUGUGAGGGGUGGAGAGGAACCAGGCUGUGAGGGGUGGCCAGGCCUCUUCUGGCUGUGCCGGGUGGAGAGGAACCAGGCUGUGAGGGGUGGCCAGGCCUCUUCUGGCUGUGCCGGGUGGAGAGGAACCAGGCUGUGAGGGGUGGAGAGGAACCAGGCUGUGAGGGGUGGCCAGUCCUCUUCUGGCUGUGCCGGGUGGAGAGGAACCAGGCUGUGAGGGGUGGCCAGUCCUCUUCUGGCUGUGAGGGGUGACCAGGCCUCUUCUGUCCCAUCACUUAGGCUUCAACAAUAGAAGUCAAUGAAUGCAACACCCAUGCCUCUGUCACUAACAAACAUAGUCAUGGACGGGCAUCUCCUUACAUUCACUACAAAUGCAUUCUGGGAAAUUUGCUAAUACAGCUUUUGCACCCUACAGUGUCAAAACAAAAUCCCCCCCAAUGUUCAGUGUUUGAAACCUAAACGCCUUGUGCUGACGAAACGUGUUCAUGUGUUUUAACAAAAAGGGUUAAACAUGUUCUGCUGUUAUGAGCUGAACACUGCUGUUAUGAGCUGAACACUGUUCAAAUCAAAUGUUAUUGGUCACGUACACAUGGUUAGCAGAUGUUAUUGGUCACAUGGUUAGCAGAUGUUAUUGGUCACAUGGUAAGCAGAUGUUAUUGGUCACGUACACAUGGUUAGCAGAUGUUAUUGGUCACGUACACAUGGUUAGCAGAUGUUAAUGCGAGUAUAGCGAAUUGCUUCUGCUUCUAGUUCCGACCGUGCAGUAAUAUCUAACAAGUAAUAUCUAACAAAUUCCCCAACAACUACCUAAUACACACAAAUCUAAAGGGGUGAAUGAGAAUAUGUACAUAUGAAUAUAUGGAUGAGGGAUGGCCGAGCGGCAUAGGCAAGAUGCAGUAGACGGUAUAAAAUACAGUAUAUACAUGUGAUAUGAGAAAUGUAAGAUAUGUAAACAUGAUUAAAGUGGCAUUAUUUAAAGUGACUAGUGAUCCAUUUAUUAAAGUGGCCAGUGAUCGGGUCUCAGCGUAGGCAGCAGCCUCUCUGAGUUAGUGAUUUCUGUUUAGCAGUCUGAUGGCCUUGAGAUAGAAGCUGUUUUUCAGUCUCUCGGUCCCUGCUUUGAUGCACCUGUACUGACCUCUCCUUCUGGAUGAUAGCGGGGUGAACAGGCAGUGGCUCGGGUGGUUGUUGUCCUUGAUGAUCUUGUUGUCCUUCCUGUGACAUCGGGUGGUGUAGGUGUCCUGGAGGGCAGGUAGUUUGCCCCCGGUGAUGCGUUGUGCAGACCUCACUACCCUCUGGAGAGCCUUACGGUUGUGGGCGGAGCAGUUGCCGUAACAGGCGGUUACAGCCCGACAGGAUGCUCUCAAUUGUGCAUCUGUAAAAAAUUUGGCAGGGUUUUGGGUGACAAGACAAAUUUCUUCAGCCUCCUGAGGUUGAAGAGACGCUGUUGCAUCUUCUUCACCACACUGUCUGUGUGGGUGGACCAUUUCAGUUUGUCUGUGAUGUGUACGGCGAGGAACUUUCCACCUUCUCCGCUGCCCUCCCUUCGAUAUGGAUAGGGGGAUGCACCCGCUGCUGUUUCCUGAGGUCUUGAGGUCCAUGUUUUGUUGACGUUGAGUGAGAGGUUUUUCUCCUGACACCACACUCCGAGGGCCCUCACCUCCUCCCUGUAGGCCGUCUCGUCUUUAUUGGUAAUCAAGCCCACUACUGUUGUGUCAUCUGCAAACUUGAUGAUUGAGUUGGAGGCGUGCAUGGCCACGCAGUCGUGGGUGAACAGGGAGUACAGGAAGGGGCUGAACACGCACCCUUGUGGGGCCCCAGUGUUGAGGAUCAGCGAAGUGGAGGUGUUGUGUCCUACCCUCACCACCUGGGGGCGGCCCGUCAGGAAGUCCAGGACUCAAUUACACAAGGCGGGGUUGAGACCCAAGGCCUCCAGCUUGAUGAUGAGCAUGGAGGGUACUAUGGUGUUGAAUGCUGAGCUGUAGUCAAUGAACAGCAUUCUUACAUUGGUAUUCCUCUUGUCCAGAUGGGACAGGGCAGUGUGCAGUGUGAUGGCGAUUGCGUCGUCUGUGGACCUGUUGGGGCGGUAAGCAAAUUAAAGUGGGUCUAGGAUGGCAGGUAAGGUGGAGGUGAUAUGGUCCUUGACUAGUCUCUCAAAGCACUUCAUGAUGACAGAAGUGAGUGCUACGGGGCGAUAGUCAUUUAGCUCAGUUACCUUAGCUUUCUUGGGAACAGGAACAAUGGUGGCCAUCUUGAAGCAUGUGGGAACAGCAGACUGGGAUUUACGAUUUAAACCCUGUUGUGACGAUGUAAACACUGUUGUGACGAUGUAAACACUGUUGUUACGAUAUAAACACUGUUGUGACGAUGUAAACACUGUUGUUACGAUUUAAACACUGUUGUGACGAUGUAAACACUGUUGUGACGAUGUAAACCCUGUUGUUACGAUGUAAACACUGUUGUGACGAUGUAAACACUGUUGUGACGAUGUAAACACUGUUGUUACAAUGUAAACACUGUUGUGACGAUGUAAACACUGUUGUUACAAUGUAAACACUGUUGUUACAAUGUAAACACUGUUGUGACGAUGUAAACACUGUUGUGACGAUGUAAACACUGUUGUGACGAUGUAAACACUGUGACAUGUUUUUGAUGAACUUCUAAAUGCCUUGAAGAGUUUAAAAA